ACGAUUAAAAAGCCUCGCGGAUGAAACCGGCGAGUCACCAUCGAUAAACAUCCAAUUUGCAAGAAAAUAGGCUUGCAAACGAAAGAACAGUGGUGUCUGUGGCAUCUCGCAAGAGAGAGAGAGAGAGAGAAAUUAGUCUAGAAAUCGUGACUAAUAAAUACAGAACAAGAAGAAGAAGGUUCGUAUCGAUCAUCUUCCCGUUCGCUGGAUUUCCUUAUUGACAUAUAUCCGAAUAAUAUUAUGUGGUGAGUCAGCCGCGUAAUAACUGGUUUAUGACAGCCAUGUUUACGCGCGAGGUCAGUUUAUCAGGAAGUCAGCGAUCAGCGCGGAUUGACGCGAAUCGAUAGGAUCGAUUCUCGUCGGCGAGGUGAGUUUCCAAACAGUCGAAAAAGAACAAACAUUUCAAACGGAGAAAUCGUGUUCGUCGAAACUUGAUGGAACGAGAGUGAAAAAAAAAAAAGAAAGAAAACGAAAGAAAGAGAGAAGAAAUGAGUUUGGCGGAAAUGCGUAUCCUCGAUUUCGUGUCCUAAAUAUCCUCUAAGGGUGACCGAUCGAAGAGGGCAUAGAACGACGUAGGGUGGAAUUCUUUUCCUCCGUUGGAAUUCGUGGACCGGGAACAUCUGCUGUUGUUUCUCACGCGGCACGAUUCGCAUGACCAGGAGAAAAAUGUGCGUGAAACCGAUGGAGGAGAACGAGGAGGACAAGGUUGUCAGCAUGAUCAUCAACUACUUCACUGCUAGGAAUUUCUUCUCGAAGAGGUCGUUCCGCUCGAACCCGCUGAAGAGGACGAAGAGCGUGACGAAGCUCGAGCGGCAGAAGCAACGGGGCGCCGGGCUUCGCGGUUGCCGUUCACACGAGUCGCUGCUCUGCGGACAGGCGGUGACCUCGAUGGACCUCGCGGCCGUGACACCGCUGCAUCCGAGCCUGCUUGGCAGACCUCACUGCUUCCAGGUCACACCCAGCACCGGCGGCCCCAAGUAUUUCAGUUGCAGGACCGCUCACGAACGGGACCAGUGGUUACACAGCCUGAGGAAAUCCGUGCAGCCUGACGCGGAGCAGACACGACGAACGGACAACUCCCUGCAGAUCUGGCUGCUCGAGGCGAAGGGCGUGCCGGCGAAGAAACGAUACUUCUGCGAGGUCUGUCUGGACAGCACUCUGUACGCGAGAACCACCGCGAAACUGAAGGCCGAUCUCUGCUUCUGGGGCGAGCACUUUGAUUUCCAUCAUUUGCCCUCUGUCAACACCAUACAGGUGAACCUCUACAGGGAGGCUGACAGAAAGAAGAAGAGGGACAAGAACGUUUUAAUCGGUUCGGUGAGCAUACCGGUGCACAACGUCACGUCUCGUUACCUAACGGAGAAAUGGUAUACCGUCGUCGGGGAUAAAGGCCCUCUGAAGGAGCCUCCAGCGCUCAGGGUGAAAUGUCGCUUCCAAUCUGUGGACAUACUGCCGGUUCAGGUGUACCAGGAGUUCCUGGAGUAUUUGAAGACGGAUUACGCGAGCUUGUGCGAGAAAUUGGAGCCGGUGAUCGGUGUCAAAGCGAAGGAGGACAUCGCCACCGCUUUGGUCGCCGUCAUGCAGCGUGAAAAGAAAGCGCCUCAAUUUCUCGCCGACUUGGUGAUGAUGGAUAUACACAGAAUAGACGACGAGAGGCUGACGUUUCGAGGAAAUUCCCUGGCGACGAAGGCGAUGGAGGCUUACCUGAAGUUGACGGGUGAUAGGUACCUACAGGAGACGUUGGGGGCCGUUGUAAGGGGGGCGGUGGAGGGUGGCGACUGCGAGGUGGACCCGCUGAAGGUCGCCUCGGUGGCGGCCCUUCACAAGCAGCAACAGAAUCUGCGGAACGCUGUGGAGCUCGCCUGGAGCAGGAUACUGGCCAGCCACGCUCACUUUCCUCUCGAAUUGCGCGAGUGCUUCCGUAUAUUCCGCGAACGUCUGGCCGACAUGGGCCGCGAGGACAUCGCCGACAAUCUCAUCUCCGCGUCCAUAUUCCUCAGAUUCCUCUGCCCGGCUAUUCUCAGCCCGUCGCUCUUCAACAUUACUCACGAAUACCCGAACGAAAAGGCGGCGAGAAACCUCACCCUCGUGGCGAAAACGCUUCAGACUUUGGCGAACUUCACGAGAUUCCAGGGAAAGGAGAAUUUCAUGGAGUUUAUGAACGAUCUUCUGGAACGUGAAGCUCAAUCCAUGAAGAACUUUCUACAGUUAAUCAGCAGCCCCCUGCCAAAGGACGCGCCAGCCAACAACUCGUUGGAGUUCGACGGGUAUAUCGAUCUCGGCAAGCAACUGUCUCUCCUGCACGCGCUGUUGCGCGAAAGUUUUGUCACGAUAUCUUCGUUUUCCUCGUCACUGCCCCCGUCGAGACUACCAGACAUCCUCGAGAGGAUCUCCAUAGCUUUGGAUCAAUCGGGCCCGAGCCCAGUGCCCGCUUCUCAUCGCUAUCCAAACUUGCAGAACAACAUAUUCCGCUACAACGAUCCAACGAUCGCGAACAGCAACACCAACCUGUCCGUGUCGGCGACGUCGACGUUGAGCAAUCACAGCACGCUGAACGGGACAAUCAGAGAUAGCAACGAAGUGUUGCAAUCGAACACGCUGAGCCACAACAGUUCCCGUAGCCCGAACGUGACCAGGGCCGCGACGCUUCCUCGUAACGCGUACAUGCCGAACAACGGGAAGCUACAGCUGCAAAUCACCACGGACGAUUAUCCCUUGGAGCCGCCAGCCUUCGUGUCGCGUUCGCCGACGCCCAUGAGGCAACACAGACAAUUAGGGUCGAACAGGACGGGCGCAGGGUACAGAUUGACAGCCAGCGCGAGCCUGGCGAACGUGAAUCACUGCCAGACGCACCCAACGAGUCCCACGAGGUCGGAGAGUCACAGCAAUCUGAAAGACUCCAAUUACAACAUCACCACGUCGCAGAUCAACCAAACGAACAACUGCACCAUCAUAUCUCAGCAGCAGCAACAGCAGCAAAACCACAGACACAACAUGACGCGAUUGCAGAACCUGGACAUCCACGACAGGGAGGACAAUUACAACCACAACAACUACAACGUCUCGAGAUCGACCAGCAGGAACCACUGUAACAAGGAAGAUAACGCGAACCAAAUGCAACAUCAGAACUAUAACAACGUCUCGAAGACAACGGUGAACGCGAACGUCGUGGUGAACCCACCGUCGAAUCUCACCCUGUCGAUUAACCAUCAGCCGAACAACAAUUACAACAAUAGCAAGAACAACACGACUGCCAAUGGUAACUUGGACGAGCUGUCCGAUCUGUUGAGGUACGCCGACGACGAGGUGUCGGAAUCGAAAUCACAGAAAGGUUCCCAAAUAUCAAUCUCCCAAUUGAGCAAUGUUGCCUCGUCCGGUUACCAAAGCUUCGCUGCUUACAGUCAAAGCUCCAGCCCCGUGGAUCUCAGCAGCAACAAUGCAAACGCGCAUAUACUCAGCGCGGCACCGUUGGCGUUCGCCAAUCCCGUUUACCACAUGGAAUCGAACCACGGGAGGAACGGGAGGAGAGGCAGCAGUAGCUCCGAGGAGAGGGACGGGAGCGGGGGCGGGGUGGAGGGCGUGAGAGGCGUUGAUCUCAGUCCCUCGCCCCCGCCGCAGAAUAACGUGAGGAACCUGCAAAGAAAUAACCAGAACCAGUGGAGGCAGACCAACCAGACGCACAGGAAUAACUCGGAGCAGAAUCAGAGUGUCUGUUGCACCAAGUUGAGGAGGAGGCUGUCGUUGGAUUCUACGCGAGACCUGUCCGACACCAGUGAAGAAGAGAGCUGCACGACGAGGAGAAGCAAGUCCCGCAGUCAUCGAAGCAUCGAUCAGUACGAAGUGGAAAUCGAAAGGCUGCAGAGUAGCGUAGAUCGACUGAGGGCCCGGUUAGGCGCAACCGAGGAUACCGAUAUAGACGGCGUUGCACCGGAUACCAAGAUGAAGAGCAUCAUCUCCAGGUUAAUCUCCGUGGAGGAGGAGCUACGGCGCGAACAGCAGAAGAUGUCGGCUGCGUUGUCGUACAAGCAGCGCGUGAUCGACGCGCAGGAGCAGCAAAUAGCCGCUUUGGACGCCGCGAAUUCGCGUCUAAUGACGUCAAACACAAAACUGUUGUCCGCAUUGAGCACCCUGAAGCAACGAUACAAGUCCAGCCAGUCGAGCAGCGAGGCGGCUGCGCUACUGCAGAACAUCGCUGAUAUCGGCGAGCUGAAAAGCUCGUCUUGUUAGAACGGACAGAGGGGGAGAGAGAGGGAGAGAGAGAGAGAGACAGAGAGGAGAAAAUCAUGCAAGCAACGCUCAUCUGGAGGCGUCCGUUGGUUUCCGCGUAAGGCGAGCAUCUCGGACGAACAUCCGGUGAACAUCAGCGUAGAACUCGAAGGAUCGCGAGACGAAGCACGAGGUGUGUGGUGUCCCUCUGAACCUGAGGACAAACCUGAGGAUGAAUCCGACAAUCUCGAGGAUGGCUCGAUCGACGAGACGAUCUCUCAUUGCCUGAACGUGAAAGAGGAGACACCGAGAAGAAGACUAUCCCGGUUUGCUCUUUGGCUCGUCCGAGUCGAGUCGAGUCGAGUCGAGUGUCGUCUCCUCGCUUAGGAACGCAAAGAGAAGGAGAGGAGCAACGCGAGCAAAAAGAGAACAAAGAGAGAAAGAUCGCGUGCGUGAACGUGUGAAAGGCGUGCGAAAAUAGAGGCUACCUAGUGGAUAAAAUAGGCAAAACGGUUUUAAGUAGAUAAUUUACGUCGAGUUUCGUGUGACACGUCGUUGUAGCGUUUAGGAUUGUUUGUCGGCCGUGUCUGGGCGGGAGACACGAAUCUCGCGAGACACGAGGCUGACGAAAGUCGACGGACCUCAGACUGCUUCAGCUCGUUCCCUUAUACGAUGACUUUCCUUCGUUCGAGUCGAACGAGUCGGAAAGUCAAUGGCGUUUACGCAGGAAACUGAAGCGUCUUUCGUUCGACGGAACAGCAAAACACGGUCCAUCGAUUCGUUCGGCAAUGCAUCUAAACGAGAGAUAAAUAGGACGAGACACGAGGCCCCUGCUAGACGCCGAACCAUGUUGUAUCUCUUCUUUCGUUUCACUCUCUGCUAUAUUUUCUUUUCUUUUUUUUUUUUUUUUUUUUUUUUUUUUUUUUUUUUNUUUUUUGUUAUUCGUUUUGCAUUCGUGUCACAACAUGCAUGCACAAACGCUGUCAUAACGCGCGAGGAAGACUUCGACAUCGAUGCGAAAUCGUCCCAUCGAUGUUUCGUUGAGAAAUUUGCGCGAAUGUAUUUUGCGUCUUAGUCGUCGUAGUGGGAAACGUUAUCCGGCCUGGUUACGAGUUCUCGACACGAGUUGUUUGAUUUUUAAAGUACAGCCGAGUGUUUCAAGUUUCAAGUGCCAAGAAGUAGUAAAAAUUCAAUGAAAUUGACGGUUCGUUGGCGAGAAUAUAUCUUUGAAUGCAUCGUUUUACGCUGACACGACCGAUUAGUACGUUUUCGUUAAAUUUUGAAGAGACUAGGAAAUAUUAGAUACUAGGCGAUAUAUAUAUAUAUAUAUGUGCGUGUGUGUGUAUAUACAUUUCAAAGUUCUUCCUUUUAUAAGAAAACGUGCUCGAAUCGACGAUUUCUCUAAAUAUCGUCGAGGAGGUCUGAACUCUCACGAGACACGGUGACAUAAUUUAAUGCUCAACUGACAAGAACAACUUUGCUAAUAAACCGACUUCUCUUAAGGUGUGUGUUCACAACGUUUUUAGACAUUUCCACUGUAUUCAGAAUUUCAUUGACGCCACGUAAAUUAAUACACGGAACAUCUCGACUGAUUACUUACUCUGAUAACUCUACAUAACAAAUUGAACUUAUGCACGAAAGUACUUCUCGAAAAGUUUUAUACCGCGAUAUACAUAUAUAUGCAUUUAAAUGACUCGCUGUAUACAUACAUAGAGCUACGUAACAAUUUCUAAACAGUUAACACUUUAGACAGCGAUCUGUUGAUUUAUAGCGACUUGACCAAUCCGUAGUGUUUUUACACAUUGUAAAACCGUCUUUCUACAUUUUUUAAACUUUUAUUUGAUAUCGUUGUAUCUUACCAGCAUGUUGCCACGCUGCUACCACUAAUUAUAUUAAUCUAAAGUGGCUGUACUUUGAAAAUAAAUAAUUCGAGGACUCGCGUAUCCGCUGGGAUUCGUUUCCAGAAAUUCUCAAGGCGAGAAUACGAUUCAA